AUGGAAGCGAAAGAGAACUACAUUAAAACGCGUAUCGUUACGCAAGUGCUGAACAAUCACGAAUGUUUCCAUGGGAUGGAAGUCGUUGGCUGUACAUUGCAAACCCCCAAGCAGCUGGACGGUUUUAUGUCCACCAUUCACCAAUUGACGUUGAUUUUGCGCAACAAAGCGAACGGGGAAGAUACAACCGUACCGUUGCUGGUGAAGGUGAUGAAGGGUAGUGAACGGUUCCGCCAGCAAAAUCUCGGCCAUGUACUGUUCCCGAACGAGAUCAACAUCUACGCUAAUGUGCUACCUCGUUACGAUGCUUUACUUGCUGCCGCUGGCUCCUCACUGAAGGCGACGGAUUGGUGUCCCCGUGCGUACCUUAGCUCGAUGGGACAGUUUCCCGAGUAUAGUGACAUUUUCGAAACGUUCCUCGUGAUGGAAAAUGUCGCACCGAAAGGAUUUCGGAAUGGCCCGCGGCUAGAUCUGGACGAGGCGCAUCUUACCCUAAUGGCGGAGAUCGUAGCACGGUACCACGCUUGUUCGUACGCGCUGCGCAUACAAAAUCCUGCCGCAUUGGAUGAGCUUGUGCAGAAGAUCAUUCCACUGAAUUUCCUGCAGGAUGGGAAAAUAUUUUUCGAAAGCUACGACAUGAUCUUCCGGCUGGCAGCGGAGCGCCUUUUCCUGUACGUGGACGAGUUCCCGGAGGAGCUCGAUAGCGAACGGUUCAAGCAACACGUGCACACGCUUCGCACAAAAUACGGACCAAAUCAAUCGCUGCUCAUGCAGCAGAUGCUCGAACGUGAUCCGACCUACUCGGUUAUCCUGCACGGUGACUACAAUCGUAACAAUGUGCUGUUUCGCUACGCCAAUGAGGUUCCGGUCGAAAUACUGAUGAUCGAUUUCCAAGAGAACCGGUACGGAUCGCCAGCCCUGGAUCUGUCGUUCUUCAUGUACAUGAACAUGACGCCCGAACUGAGGGAACGAUUUUGGGACGAACUGUUGCACCGGUACCACAACCAGUUGAUUCGGACGCUGUGUGAGAUAUUACACUGUACGGAAACGGAUCACCGCCUGGAACCGUACAGUGAGACAAACUUUAAGAAGCACUUUGCACGGUUUGCGCUGUACGGUGCGAUGGUAGCGCUUAAUUUUAUUCCCUCCAUGAUGAGCAGUGAGGAGGAAUGUGCAGAACUGAACAGCUACUUUGAGCAGGACGUGCACUGCGAAGGAUUCCGGCGGUGUACGUUGACGGUUGGCGGGAACGAGGUAAAUCGCCGAAUUACAGCAGUCAUGCGACACGCGAGCCAAAUGGGAUAUAUGGAUGUGAUGUAA